AUGGAAAAAACUAACAUCGUGGCUUGUAGGAAUCCAACUUCUCGUGACGCGAGCGAUGACGAGGAAGCGACGUGGUCGCAUGCAUGGGGGCUCAUCUCGGGCUUUGCCGUCUCCAUCACCCUCAAAACAGCAAUCGAGCUCGGCAUCAUCGACGCACUGACCAACGCCGCCGGCCGUGCGCUGACGGUGGACGAGCUGGCCGCGCAGCUCCCGGCACCGGACAAGGCCGGGUCGGCUGCCUCGGUGGACCGGCUUCUCCGGCUCCUUGCCGCCUUCGACGUUGUGCGGUGUUCGACGGAGACGGGUCCGGACUGUGAGGCAGUCCGGAAGUACACUCCGGCGCCGGUGUGCCGGUGGCUCACCAGCAACCGCAGCGAUGGGUCGCUGGCCCCCUUGGCCAUGUUGGCCGUCGACCAGGAUUACUUGCCGACCUGGAAUCAAAUGGGGGCGGCGGUGGUGUGCGGUGUUCCAACGCCGUUCGAGAGGGCGCACGGGGUGCCGCUGUUUGAGUACAUGGGGAAGAACCCUCGGCUAAGCGGGGUGUUCAACCAAGCUAUGUUCCACAUGUCAGUCACGGUCAUCAGCAAGAUGGUCGAGCGCUUCGACGGCUUCGACGGCGUCGAAGUUCUCGUCGACGUCGGCGGGGGGACUGGUGCCGCCCUGGAGAUGAUCACCGCCCGCCACAAGCAUAUAAAGGGCAUCAACUUUGACCUGCCUUACGUCAUCACUCAGGCGCCGUCUCUCCCGGGUGUGGAAAAUAUUGCUGGAAAUAUGUUUGAGAAUGUACCCACGGGAGAUGCAAUUUUUUUAAAGUGGAUACUCCAUCUACAGAAUGAUGAUGAAUGCAUUAAGAUCCUCAAGAACUGCCACCGGGCUCUUCCAGCCAACGGCAAGGUGAUCGUCGUGGAAAUUGUCCUGCCGACCACCACAGAGGCAACUCGUGAGGCGCAGAAUAUGUUCCUUCUAGACGUCAUCAUGUUCAAUAACCAGCAGGGUGGAAAGGAGAGGACUGAGCAGGAUUUCCUAAAGAUGGCCAGGAGCUCCGGGUUUGAUGGUGCCUUCCGUUCCACCUACAUCUUCGGUAACUUCUGGGCUCUCGAGUUCACCAAGUAG